AUGCUUCUUCUCGACUAUCAGAACGUUCUCAUUGAGUCCCUGCUGAGGGACCGCGUCAAUGGAGGAGCUCCCGCCAACAUUGACCAGGUCGUCUCCGACUUUGACGGCGUCACCUUCCACAUCUCGACCCCAGAGACCAAGACCAAGAUCCUCGUGUCGCUGCACAUCAAAUGCUUUAAGGAACUCGUCCAAUACGGUGCACAGGCUGUCCUCGAGCGCGAGUAUGGGCCGUUCAUUGUGGAGCCAGAAUCUGGAUAUGACUUCUCUGUCCAAGUAGAUUUGGAGAAUCUGCCAGAGGACCAAGAGGCCAAGGAUGACCUGGUCCGCCGCGUAGCCCUCCUCAAGCGAAACGCCAUGGCUGCACCCUUCGAGCAGGCUUUCGACGAAUUUCACCAGCUCCAAGAGGAGGCCUCCAAGUACACAUCCGAGUCGGCGCCGCAAGGUGUGGCAGAGGGCGGUGAUGUACGCGCCAUCCACUACCGAGAGGAGGAAGCCAUAUACGUCAAGGCCAGUCAUGACCGUGUAACUGUUAUUUUCUCAACAGUGUUCCGUGAAGAGACGGAUAGGAUAUUUGGAAAGGUUUUCCUGCAAGAGUUCGUCGAUGCCAGGCGAAGGGCUAUUCAAAACGCUCCCCAAGUGCUGUUCAGGAACGACCCACCUCUUGAGCUACAAGGCAUUCCCGGAGUCGACACAUCCGGCUCUGCUGAUAUUGGCUACAUUACCUUUGUGCUUUUCCCUCGCCAUCUUACAAACCAACGACGAGCCGAUGUCAUCUCACACAUCCAGACGUUCCGUGACUACUUCCACUACCACAUCAAGGCCUCCAAGGCUUUUAUUCACUCAAGAAUGCGCAAGAGGACUGCCGACUUCCUCCAAGUUCUUCGCAGAGCUCGUCCCGAGGCGGAAGAGAAGGAGCGCAAGACGGCCAGCGGUCGUACGUUCAAGGUUCAGGCAUAG